AUGGAAAAUGAGAUACGAGACUCAACACAUCAUAUUGAGACCGUGAACGGGACAGGCACGGAAAUGGCCAGCAACAUGAUCAACAGCUCUUCACCAGCGAGCCCGGGGCUCUCAGGUGGAAUGUCAAGGAGAGCAGACUUCCAGAGUCACGGUCGGGCUCUAUCAAUGGUGACUGGAUCAUCGGCUCCCGUUCGGCCUAAUCGACUGUCUGUUCAAUUCCCCAUUCAACGCUCGAGUAUGAACAGCCCAGUGGUGGGAACUAUGUCAUCGCCUCGAGACUCGACUAUGCCUACACCGGAGCAGCUGGUAGACCCAAGCGAACCGCUAGACGGCAAUUUCCUCCAUGCAAUCGCGACUUCAGAGCGUAAAGUUCUUGAGCUAAAAGAGGAGCUGCAACGGGCACAGGCGGAUCUAGAGAAGCUGAAGAAGCAGUGGGCUAGACAUGAGGCGCAAAAAAAGAGAGAAGAUGUCAAACAUGUCACGAAAAUGCAGUCUCUGCAGACGUCGCCGCGUGUUGGGGACAGGGAGGAUGAUGCAGAUGGUUCGAGUGCAUGGAUGCAACAGGAAAUGGAACGACGGAAAGCAUUGAUGUCGGCGAGCAAGACCAGCAGUAGGACAGUCCUCCCCGGACAACGGCAUACCAGAACCCUCUCGCUGCUAUCGUCGCCCAGAGACAUGCCGGGGACCACGCCCACCAUGCAACCACCUCGGCCACCUCGGCGAGACAGUCUGAAGCAUGUCACGAGACACAGCGCGGAUGGAGACAUGCAAUCAAGAAGGCCUGCGCCGUUGAGUCGGACGUCCACGGCAAUCGACACGGGCAGCAAUUCUACCGUAGGACGAAGAAGUGCAGAUGCAAUAAUGCCGGACAAGAGCAUCGACCAAGAGCUGCUUCUGCGUACUGGCAAGGAGCUCGCCACCAAUUUCAARGACGGACUGUGGACAUUUUGGGAAGACUUACGUCAAGCCACGGUAGGCGAGGAUACCGUGGCGGUGGCCCCUCCAACAAGGAAAAGCUCGACCCAGACAUUGGGUAAACCGAGGAAGCAGAACAGCAGAGGCAGUCUACGACCAUCCUCGAGGGAAUCGUCGGUUGCGAGUAAGGCUUCUACAGAAAGGCCGAACCCGCCCAACACAUCAACAGGAGCACUCCCUGAUCUGGCGGACCCUACAUUCUGGAGUUCGAACCAAGAAGCGAAGCCCGCUCCAACGAGGAAGGCCACGGUCUCAAAACACGCUAAAUCAAGUUCAGUGAAGAGGCUGUCCGUCGUCUCAAAUGAGCCGUGGGAUACAUGGGACGACAGUCCAGUAGCGUCUCGAUCAGGCUCAAGCGUCACGUCCGAGUCCAACACCAUACCAUCAACAGUAUCCGGUAGUCCAUACACUGCUGUGCAUUGCGAUUCGCAAGACGUCCCAAAGAAGGAUCCGAUCCCAUGGCCAGUGCUGAGGAAGACAUCAGGCGGGCUAGGCACACUGCGAAGAACAGCUUCUACAUUGAUGAAGGAAUGGGAGACAAGCUUAAGACCGUCACCUGGAGAGGAAUACAAUGGGAACGAUGACUUCCUAGGCGCCAACGCAGACGCCAUUACUUUCGGGACGAAAGCCAAGUCCCCCUGA